AUGGAUUUGCCGAGUCUACACUUGGAAUCACCAGGGCAAAGACCUUGGGUGCAGAAACUUGCUUUAGAUUCCCUGCCAUCGCCAAGCCCUUCCCAGCACAAUCUUCAACUUCAAAACUUGGCAACUAAGCAUUGGAGGAAGAUCCGAAACAAUAUCUUUGCCAAUUCCUUCUCCGAGCUCUCCGAGCUCCAAAAGGAGGAUGAAGAAUACAACAUCUACACAUCUGCCAGUGAGGCCAGCAGUCCUCAAAGUCCCAGGAAGCCGUGGAUUGGAAGCCCUGACGUUUCCGCUUCGUUGGGUCCAGUGCGUCCUGUCCGUCCAGCCCCUGCAGUCCAACUCUUGCAGGCGCAACUUCAAGAAGCGACGGAAGAGAUCGAGAGGUUGUACACUGAAAAGGAAGAUGUUGAACAAGUUUUGAAGCAGGUCAGAAGAAAUUCCAUCCGGGAACAGCUUCCAGAUCCUGACAGUCCAGAAGAAGUUUCCGUUGAGUCUCUUCCAGAAGAAGUGCCAGAGAUGUCGAUGUCGAUGUCGAUGAUGUCGAUGUCGCUGUCGCCAUCGGUGUUUGACCGCAAGGCUCUGCACCGCAACCUGACACUGGCGGAGUACCCCGAGGAGCAGGAGAACUAUGCAGAGCUCUUGGCAGAGGAACGGCGCCUGCGAAACGAGGAGAACGACGCUUGGGAGAUUCUCCGGAGCAAUUUGGAGGAGAAACAGGCGGAACUGCAACUGGAAGUCACUGCAGCCUUUGGAGAAGCAGAAGCUGCCAUGGAGCGUUCACAGCUACAGGAGAUGAAGGCGGAGAUGUGGCGGCAGGAGUUGGAACAGGCUCGAGAAGAUGAGGGGACGCUCCAAUACCGGAACUCCAUGCAUUUCUGUCUUCAAGAGGACAUGAGGUUGAACGAAGGCGGAGUGGAAAAUGAGGAAACGUCGACGGAAAAUGAUGAAACCGUGGAUCAAAGUGAGAAGACUAUGAGCGAGGUCAGGUCCCUGAAGACCGUUGCGCAGAAAUCCUUGGAAUCGAUGUGCGUGUGGCAGAACUCUGCCGUUCUUCAGCAGUGCUUGACGCAUUGGCGAUCAAAGCUUCGAGACAGAGCGCGGCGCAAUGCAGCUGCAGCUCUGGUGUCGCGAAACGGGACAGAAGAGGACUAUCGCAUUCAGCUACAGUGCUUGAAUGCCUGGCGACUGGUGAGCCAGGUGAAGACUGCAGUACCUGAGCAGCGGUUGAGAAGCCCAAGCUCUUUGGAGGCUAGAGUGAAUGCCUUGGGUGCCCUGGGCUGGCUGGGCAAUGGCGCGGCUGAUCGCGGCGUCGCCAUGGCGCGGGUGACGCUGACCCUGGCGCAGCUGGUGACGGUCACAGCCACCACGUCCCUGCCGGCCUUGCUGUCCAGCACCGAGGAGGGCCGAACAGAAUACCUUGGUGUUGCCGGUGGUCUUGCGGCCGCGAUCACAGUUGCGUGGCCGGUAUGGCGAGUGAUUCUGUGCAUUCAGCGGCGCUUUCCUGCAAGAGCCAGGCAAAAAGGAUGGGCUGUUCUGGUGGAUCAGAGUACUAGGCUCUGGCCACCAGCUGGUGAUGAAGGGCAAAUGCAAGCAGAACUGGUUGACCUUGAGGCCAAGGAAAACGUAGAGGUGAGGUAUGCCGAAGGGUUUCAACCCUUAGACCCAUGCGAAUCCGCGGCAAGCCAGCUUCGACUUUUUUCACAAAAAAGGCAAGGCCAAACGUCUCCUGUGAAGGGAAACAGUCAGAGCAACCAAGACUUUGCCAAUGAAGUUGGUGAGCUUGGAACUGUUCAUGCAGAAGCUGGCAAUAGAAUUGAGGCGUCAGAUGCACAAGAUGUUUCAAAGCCUCAGCCUUUGCAAGCAGAUUUGAAGCAGGGGCAUUUUGUAGGGCGUCCUGCUUUGCAACUGCGCAACUUUCGCUCAUUCGAUGGAAAUGCUGCUGGCAAAGAUGGGGCAGGUAAAGCAGAAAGAGGAGCAAGAGGGGAAAGUGGAAACGUGACCCUUCCUGGUUCUGUCCCUGUCACAGCUGCAGCAGAUGGGUUUGAUCUCGUUGCAGAGGCCGCAAGGGAAGCUCAACCUGGUGCUCAACUUGAAGAGGAACAGACAACGAAGAACCAAGACUCUGCCAACCAUGUGAGUGAGCUUGGAACUGCUCAUGCAGAAGCUGGCAAUGGAAUUGAGGCGUCAGAUGCACCAGAUGUUUCAAAGCCUCAGCCUUUGCAGAUAGAUUUGAAGCAGGGGCAGUUUGUAGGGCGUCCUGCUUUGCAACUGCGCAACUUUCGCUCAUUCGAUGGAAAUGCUGCAGGCAAAGAUGGGGCAGGUAAAGCAGAAAGAGGAGCAAGAGGGGAAAGUGGAAGCGUGACCCUUCCUGGUUCUGUCCCUGUCACAGCUGCAGCAGAUGGGUUUGAUCUCGUUGCAGAGGCCGCAAGGGAAGCUCAACCUGGAGCUCAACUUGAAGAGGAACAGACAACGAAGAACCAAGACUCUGCAAACCAUGUGAGUGAGCUUGGAACUGUUCAUGCAGAAGCUGGCAAUGGAAUUGAGGCGUCAGAUGCACCAGAUGUUUCAAAGCCUCAGCCUCUGCAGAUAGAUUUGAAGCAGGGGCAGUUUGUAGGGCGUCCUGCUUUGCAACUGCGCAACUUUCGCUCAUUCGAUGGAAAUGUUGCUGGCAAAGAUGGGGCAGGUAAAGCAGAAAGAGGAGCAAGAGGGGAAAGUGGAAACGUGACCCUUCCUGGUUCUGUCCCUGUCACAGCUGCAGCAGAUGGGUUUGAUCUCGUUGCAGAGGCCGCAAGGGAAGCUCAACCUGGAGCUCAACUUGAAGAGGAACAGACAACGAAGAACCAAGACUCUGCCAACCAUAUGAGUGAGCUUGGAACUGUUCAUGCAGAAGCUGGCAAUGGAAUUGAGGCUUCAGAUGCACCAGAUGUUUCAAAGCCUCAGCCUUUGCAAGCAGAUUUGAAGCAGGGGCAGUUUGUAGGGCGUCCUGCUUUGCAACUGCGCAACUUUCGCUCAUUCGAUGGAAAUGCUGCUGGCAAAGAUGGGGCAGGUAAAGCAGAAAGAGGAGCAAGAGGGGAAAGUGGAAACGUGACCCUUCCUGGUUCUGUCCCUGUCACAGCUGCAGCAGAUGGGUUUGAUCUCGUUGCAGAGGCCGCAAGGGAAGCUCAACCUGGAGCUCAACUUGAAGAGGAACAGACAACGAAGAACCAAGACUCUGCAAACCAUGUGAGUGAGCUUGGAACUGCUCAUGCAGAAGCUGGCAAUGGAAUUGAGGCGUCAGAUGCACCAGAUGUUUCAAAGCCUCAGCCUUUGCAGAUAGAUUUGAAGCAGGGGCAGUUUGUAGGGCGUCCUGCUUUGCAACUGCGCAACUUUCGCUCAUUCGAUGGAAAUGCUGCUGGCAAAGAUGGGGCAGGUAAAGCAGAAAGAGGAGCAAGAGGGGAAAGUGGAAACGUGACCCUUCCUGGUUCUGUCCCUGUCACAGCUGCAGCAGAUGGGUUUGAUCUCGUUGCAGAGGCCGCAAAGGAAGUUCAACCUGGAGCUCAACUUGAAGAGGAACAGACAACGAAGAACCAAGACUCUGCCAACCAUGUGAGUGGGCUUGCAACUGUUGGAAUUGAGGCGUCAGACGCACCAGAUAUUUCAAAGACUGUGACUGAGCCGUCGCAAACAGAUUUGAAGCAGGAGCUGUCCAUCAGGAGUCCUGCCAUACAAUUGCGGCACCUACGUUCUCAAAAGUCUGUCUCGCCAAAGUUUCGAAAGGACCCCCGAGCUGGGAGAGGUAGUAGCGAAAGCCCCCAUGCUCUGGCAGGAGGUCGCAGGCGCCCCUUUUCAGAGGCAGAAUCAAGGUCCAGACCUUCCAGGUCUUCCCGAAGUGCCUCACCUGAACGAGUUGUAGAAACGAAGAAAAAGAGCGAUGGAACCAAUGGGAUUGCAGCCCAAUUGGUGGAAGAUAAGGCUGAUUUGGGAGAACUGGGAGAACCAGAAGCUGUUCAGAGUGAGGAAAACUGCAAUGGCCAGCUUAGCCCUGCUUUGAACUUGCGUGACCUGCGCUCCUCCAUGGCACUUCAUCAGCAACGUAAAGAAGAGUUGGAGAAAUGUGUUGCAAACUUUGCCCAGUCGGAGCAGUUCCACCAGUGCAUCAUGCAAACAGAACAGGCUCAUGCAUUGCUGCAACAGCUCCUGCCACAAGGCAAGCCAGGCCAGCCAGGCAAGUCUGAAGAUAGCCCCAAAAGGCUGCAACAGCAACAGCCCUAUCUCCUGUCAGUUGCUCUGAAAAGGGCAGGGGAGACCGAGCCUGCUGUGAAACUGGACUCGCUUGCCUCUGACGGCGCAAGGCCAUCAAUGCCGUAGAUUAGUGAAUUCAAUGCAAGUUUAGUUGAUUUGAACAAUUUGUCUCACUGUUGGUUUUACCAGCAUUGGCAGGCUUGCUUUAGGCAGCUCCCAUCGUAGUUAAAGCACCUUUCAGGUGACUAGGUUGUCGG